UUCCAGAAUAAAUCCACGACUGGGUGCUAAGAGACCAGCCACGUCAUGCUUAGAGCUCCGCCAUGGCAGCCUCCCAAGCUCUACUCUGCAGCAACCGAAUCUUCUUUCCUACCAAACCCAUUAUCCACUGCGCGAAGGUUUGCCAUACCCAUCUCUCAGCUUCUUCUGUCAGGACAUCGCUGUCUAUAGAAUCGCUGAAAACCACGAAAUGGGAGAGCCUCAAGUUGAGUAGGAUUAAGUGUUAUGCGAAACCUACCUCUGUGGUCUCCGGAGACGGAGAAGAAGAUCUGGAUGGUAAUUUGAGGAGAGCGCUUCAAGUUCUGUUGUGGGUCGCUGAGGGAGUCUACAUUUUGUGGCUUUUUCUGCUCCCAUAUGCCCCCGGAGAUCCUGUAUGGGCAAUCAGUUCAGACACAGUAAAUUCCCUUCUGGGUCUUUCUCUCAACUUCUUUUUUAUUUUGCCUCUGAUGAAUUCUGUUGGUAUUCAUCUACUUGAGGCCCCAGUUCUACACCCGAUGUCUGAAGGACUCUUCAAUUUUGUAAUUGGGUGGACAUUUAUGUUUGCUCCUUUGCUGUUCACGGAUCGUAAGAGGGACAGAUAUAAGGGUUCUCUUGACAUUUUGUGGGGCUUCCAAAUGUUCCUCACGAACACAUUUUUGAUACCCUACAUGGCUAUCCGACUGAACGAGGCUGAAUCAGAUUACACUCAAACUCAAAGCAAGCUUUCACAGCUGGGAUCUGUCAUGACAAGAGGUGCGUCCAUCGUUGGUCUUACUGGUGGAGUUGUGUGUCUUGUAUCUACAUUAUGGGCCCUGUUUGGUCGUAUGGAUGGCGGUUUUGGUGGCAUUGCAGAGAGAUGGGAGUUUCUGAUCAGUUAUCUUGGAUCAGAGAGGCUGGCUUAUGCUUUCAUUUGGGAUAUAGCUCUCUACACUAUCUUCCAGCCUUGGUUAAUUGGCGACAAUCUUCAAAAUGUUCAGAAAAGCAAGCUUGGUAUAGUAAAUUAUCUUAGAUUUGUUCCUGUGGUUGGCUUAAUUGCUUACCUUGUUUCUCUGAAUCUUGAUGAUGAAUUGUAAGUAAUAGAGAAAGAAUGAAAAAGGCUGUAGAUCAACUUAGUGAUCUGAACAGCUGAAGAUUUAUUUAUAUUAA